UGCAUUGGAGGCGAAAACAUUUCAGCAACAGAGGAAUCGAUAGCGAAAAUAUAAGUUUGUCAUCUUAAGCUCCUGCGUGUCUGCAAUUUUACAAACCUGGAUCAUAAUAGAGACUUCGCCCUCCUUUCCAAAGUGCCUUUCCACCAUCAUUCGCAAAGAUGCCCAAAGGAUUCCUAGUAAAAAGAAACAGGAAAUCUGCACAUGUUUCCUACAGGACUCGUCCCGAUGAAAAUGAACAGGAGCAUCAUAUCCCAACCUUUCAUAGCCAGGUCGACUCAUCCCCGGCAGUGUCUGUUGCAUCCAGUCCUGACCGAGCAGUUAUAUCGCCGGAUCUCGCCGCAGACGCACCAGUUCCCAGACUGGAGAGUAAACCGGUGCAAUUUGGAAACCCUGAGGCGGUGUACCAAGCACUGUACAGUCCGACUCGGCCCAUCAGCAAGGAACACGAAAGGAGAUAUUUCGAGCGAAGUUUCAAUCUGGGGUCACCGAUUUCUGCCGAGUCAUUCCCGACACCUGCCUCCCUCUCGAGUUUAGACCAUCUUCUAUUCGCCCCAGUGGACCUGAAAAUAGGAAGCAGCAACAGCAAUCGCAGUGGCAUCACCAGCAGCAUCCCCGCCACGGCCAUCCGGACCGGCACUAAAAGGCCCGCAUCCGACAAUGAGCGCAAGAAACCUGCAUCGAAGAAACCCAAAGCCAUAAGAAAACUAAAUUUUGAGGACGAAGUCACGACUUCACCGGUGCUUGGUCUUAAAAUCAAAGAGGGACCGGUCGACUCCAAACCAAGAGCGCAGACAUCGGGAGGUAAUAAGCCUUUAGGAGAGUACAUCUGCCAAUUGUGUAAGGAGGAAUACGCGGACCCAUUUUCUCUAGCCCAGCACAAGUGUUCUAGGAUAGUUAGAGUUGAGUACAGAUGUCCCGAAUGUGACAAGAUGUUCAGCUGUCCGGCCAACCUCGCCUCUCACCGACGCUGGCACAAACCCCGCGUCCCAAGCGCACCCGGAAUGCCACCUCAGAACUUGAAAUCUGACAUCGCCAAAAUACCCCCCGUUGUCAAGUCCAUCCCCGAGGAAGCCAAAGACACAAGACCUGAGAUGCUGAGCGACAGAGACACCCCGAGUCCCGGUCUGUCCGAGUCCGGCUCAGAAGAUGGGUUAUACGACUGCCAACUUUGUGGGAAAAGGUUUAAGCGUCAAGCAUACCUAAGAAAACAUAUUCUUGGACAUCAAGCCUUGCAAAAUAAAAUCUUCGAGGACCACGGAUUUCAACACAGCGACAGAGUAGAAGAGCAGGUUCAAGUAUCCUCGUCCUCAGAAGAGCAGCACCCAAACCAAAGUCCCCUGAAUCUGAGCCCCGUGGACUGCCUUCUGUGUCCCGUGUGUGGGGAGAAUUUCCCCAACAGGGCCAACCAAGAGAGACAUCUGCGUCUCAUGCACUCAUCCCAGGUUUAUCCCUGCAAGUACUGCCCUGCCACUUUCUACAGCUCACCGGGACUCACGAGGCACAUCAACAAAUGCCACCCAUCUGAAAACAGGCAGGUGAUCCUUCUUCAAAUGCCCGUGCGCCCCGCGUGCUAAUAUAAGAAAAUGCGUGCCUUUGGACGGGAAACAACGUGGCAUUGAAUAAAGAAAAGGUUUCUGUGAUGUUCACGGCCCGACUGUAUGAAUGACCGGGCAACUUGAUGUUUAGAUGGUGUGUUCAAUGGUGUGUCUUAUUCAUGCCAAUCAGUGGUUGUUGAAUGCUUAUCUAUAUCUUGAAUAAAAUAGGCCUAUAUUUUGAGAUUUCUCUCAAAUUAGUUUAUCAAAAUAAAACAAAGCGUAGUUUGACUGUUAAAGGGUAUUUUUCUAGGACAGCUGCACACGUGCUCAAGUAAUAGCUUCUAGACCUAAGAAAUGUUUAUUCACCAUGGAUAUUUGUUCCUCAUCAGAGCCUUUUAAUUCACCGACUGUGAAUUGCUGUAUCACUGUAGCUUUAUGCUAGUUUAUGAAUGACAAGACAAACUUAUCAACUUUGUCUUGAAAUGAUAAAACGACUGGAACAUUCCCCUUUAGUAGUACCACAAUUGCCUUUAGAAUAUAGCCUAAUGGAAACUCCGCUGUACAACUGCCUUAAAAAGUCAACAUAAUAUAAAGAUUGUUUUCAUUUUGAAUGCUGGCACAUAUUUUAUUGUUAAGUAUAAUUGUUGCAAUAUUUUCAUCAUAAUUUUAUUUAUUUAUUUAUUCUGCAAUUAUUUUAUGUAAAUUAUAAUUGUGUUGUGUGAUUAUUCUGUGAAUCGUUCUGGCAGUUUACAUGUCGUAGCCAAAUGUUUUGUCAACAUUUUGAGUUGUGAUAGUUGUCGUGGGUCGGUUUAAAUUCAAUCUCCACAGCUCUUGUUAAACGUAAAGCUCUUAACUUAGAUGCAAUCUUUUUCUAUGGACAUGUUAUUUUGUUAAAUGUUGGCUUUUAUAGCGCUUUGAUUGUAUGUGUACAUCGUUGUCGUCUAUCAUAAAAUAAAAUAAAAAUA